AUGCAAAUCUUGCGAAUUCUCGAUGCUCUGCACACGGCCAUCCUUGAGGCCUUGUGGGCACUUAAAAACACCGGGCCAUCUUCUUCUGCCCCUCAGCAAGUGGCGCCGCUAAAGGCCUCUCAAUCCUCUAUCCACAAUGAUGUGAGCGCUGCAACUAGUGAAGAGUUGCUGGAAGUUGAGCUCACAGCGUCAAUCCUGGAGGCCAAUUCAGGAACCAUGUUGGAGGUCCUUUACAUUGAGGUCAAAGAUUCAAUCAAUGGUUUCUAUCGAAUGUCGAUCCUGUUGAGCAACACCUCCAGCAGAAGCCAGGUCCUGCGUUGGCCUUCCGCUGACAUUGCCGCGUAUCGAGAUUUCGAUAUAUCGCAUGUCAGGAGCAGAUUUCCAUCGAUAGCGCCCUGGCUUUCUGCUCACAUCGGCGAUGCCAUCACAUUGCGACGUGGAAACUUGAAAUAUUGGGAGAGACACCAUGGAAAAGAGGCUGCGGGAUUUGACAAUGACUUGGCCAAAGACGCCACGCGGUCUAAGACAGUGGCAACUACACUCUAUCGACAGACAGACUCGGCUGAAAGUAUUAUGGGUGAUUCUGCAUCUUCGACGGCGUCAUCUGGAACCUCAUAUGCGGCGUCUCUUCUUGAAGGAACAGCGCACAAUUUCUCCGGCCCCUCCGAAAGCUGA